UCUACUGAAACCAGACAGAAGCCGUCAUGCAAGACUGACAGCAGCAUCAGUACAGUUUAUUAUGUUAAUGAAUUUAUUUCUACUACAGUUAGUACUGCAGAGUAUACUUGUACACACUGAAGGUUUACAGCAGCAUAGUAACCAAUCAACACAGAGCAGUUACAGGAAGUGAAGUGCAGCUACUGUUCAACUGUCUCAGUCCUCUCAAGAUGUCCUCAGAUAUUUAUGCCAAACCAGAUUUCUCAAAGAAGGUGAGAUACAACAGAAAGGUGCAGGAGGACAACGUAGAGUGGGAAGAAAGAGAGGUGGCUAUCUACGAGAGUACAGACGAUAUCAGAGAUGAUCACACUGAUCUUCAGUCACACGACGCAGGACCGCACACUGAGAAUCAUCCUCCAGCCGUCCAAAGCAGGCCUUUCAGAGCUGCUGCAUUUUGUCUUGGAGUGCUGUGCUUUCUGACCAUAACUGGAAUCAUCCUCCUAUACAUACGUUAUAUUUCAGUCACUUCGGACAAAGACCAGCUGCAGACCAGAUACGACAAACUGAACAACAACUACAGCGAGCUGCAGGGACAAAUUUCAGAGAAGUGGUGUCCUGAAGGAUGGAAGAGAUUUGGAUGCAGCUGUUACUUUAAAUCCAAUGAGGAGAAAACUUGGUAUAACAGUAGAAGUGACUGUCAAGAGAAAGGAGCACAUCUGGUGAUCAUAAACAACGAAAAGGAACAGGUGAGUGUGUUUGUUACUGAGUGUGUGAUCUUAGAUGUAGCUGCCAGUGAUCUGUUACUUCUGUUUUUGACCUGCAGCCAGUCGGCUUCCUAUGACGAUGCAUUAGGGCCAUUGUAGGUGGAAAUAAAAAACAUUACGGAGCGAAGACAAAAAAACCUUGAAUAUUCUCUGAGACUAAGGUUAUAAAUUUGAAAGAGAAAACUUCAAAAACAAUGUUUCAGUAGAGUUUUGCAUUAUAAGCAUCUAAAAACUGAGGAGCAAACUGGCUCUGUUUGGGUCUGUGAGCUUUAUCGGAGGUGCUGAAGUUCACAUUUGUGGUGAGAUUUCUGCCUGAAAGUGUUUUCAGGUAGUUUUAGUUUCCACCUCCUUGUCUCAUCCUAACAUACAGUCCCAAACGUGCUUCUGUGUCUGUCAGACGGUCUGAAGGGGAAACUACCACAGCAGCAGAGCAAUAACGCAGGCUAAUCCCCCACACAGAAAAGGAAACAUCCACCUGUCAUCUUGCCACUCAGUUUUCCUCGUUGUGAUUCACUGUAACUUACAAUGCUGUAUUUAAAACCAGUUUUGAAUUAAGAAUUAU